GCCGGGCCCGGUGCGGCGCACGCGCGGCCCGGCGCGCAGGUCCUUCCUUCCGGCCGCCAUCUCGCCGUGCCCGCGUGCGGAUCCCGGCCCCGCGUCCUGCCGACCGCCUCCAGCCGAGCUCCGCGCCCCUCCGCUCGCCGAGAUGAAGGAGACCAUCAUGAACCAGGAGAAGCUGGCCAAGCUUCAGGCCCAAGUGCGCAUUGGUGGCAAGGGUACUGCCCGCAGAAAGAAGAAGGUUGUUCACAGAACAGCUACAGCAGAUGAUAAAAAGCUUCAGUUUUCAUUGAAGAAACUGGGAGUCAACAAUAUUUCUGGAAUUGAAGAGGUAAACAUGUUUACCAAUCAAGGAACAGUUAUUCACUUCAAUAACCCAAAAGUUCAGGCAUCUCUGGCUGCUAACACUUUCACUAUCACCGGCCACGCUGAGACAAAGCAGCUGACAGAAAUGCUGCCUAGCAUCCUAAACCAGCUCGGAGCUGACAGUCUGACCAGCCUCAGGAGACUGGCAGAAGCCCUACCCAAGCAAUCUGUGGACGGAAAAGCACCACUUGCCACUGGUGAAGAUGAUGACGAUGAAGUUCCAGAUCUUGUUGAAAACUUCGAUGAAGCUUCAAAGAAUGAGGCAAACUGAACUUUCACCUCCUGAAUAAAAUUAAAACUUGAAAAAGCUA